GUGUUACUUGUAAGCCCGAAUUAGCAUACAAAUUGCAGGAAGCAGUUGUGCAGCGCUCACCAUACCAGUUCCACUGGAGUCUUUCAUCUCCUUGCUACUCGACUCGUCAUCAGCAACGGUACUACCCAAGAGCUUUGAGCAGCGGGCCGACUGAACUUUCAGGGACUUGUGCAGCAGGCCAUCUUGCUGACCACCUUGCAACGUCCUCGGCAGCACCAUGGCAACUGACAUAACAAUGCCGCGCCCGCCGCCGCUGCGGUCAUCGUUGACGGGCACCAGCGCACGGAGCUCGCUGUUCGCCAGCAGCAUCCAGCAACAACAACAGCUGCUGGAGGGCCCCGGCUCAGCCAACGCAUCAACCCCGCCAGCAGGCAGCCUGCUGCAGGCCUCCCCCAGCUUCCUCAGCCGCGCGGGAGGGGCCAGCACGGACCUGCCACGCCUACGUGCCCUUAACUCGUCUGGCCGCUUCUCGGAGUCCGGUGGCGGCAAUGCGGACAAGACUGGAAGCAGGAACUCGAGCUCCUUUGGCUCGGGUCGGGCUUCGGAGACUGGCGACAGCCUCAAGGCGCCGGGGCGGCCCAGCCCUCACCCCGGCAUGCGUCGCUCCUCCACCAUGAUCGGGGCCACGCGUCUGGGCAGCGUUGGUAUGGAUGCUGCCGCCUCCUCAGGGCCUUCCUCUGGCAGCAACCUCCUGGCCCCCUCGCCGGCCACCGCAUGCCGGGACGCCGGCAGCGGACGUGAUAGGGCGGCGACCUCGCUUUCGCAGGAGAAGCAUGCACUGCUCCUGAACAAGCGGCGGCUUGAGGCGCUUCUGUCCAAGGUGCUUGAGCAGCAGCAGCAGUGGCAGCAGGCCGCGGCGGUCCCAGCCAAUCGGCCGGGAUCCCCGCCGGAGGCCGAAGAGGAGGCUACGGGCAGCAGCAUGUGGCCUGCUGCUGUCGGCGGCAGUAUCAUGAGCGCUCGUGGCGCCGUUGGCGGCAGCCCUGUUGCGGCUGCGCUGCGCUCGCAGAUCAUCAAGGCGCUCGAUGACAGCGCUCUGCUCGACAAGCAGCUGACGUCAUCGUCGCCGACAGCAGCCAGUGCACAGGCUGCUGGCGGGAGCGCAACAGGCUCAUUUGCGACCGUGGACACGGACGCGCGCGUGCGGGAGCUUACAGCCGUCAUUGAGGGCAUGAAGCUCGAGCACGAGGUGGCGAUGAGCCGGAUGGAGGGCGAGCUCAAGUACCGCAACACGCAGGCCUCCGCCGCCACCAGCAGCCUGCAGAAGCAGCUGGGAGAGGCGGAGGAGGAGAUGGCGAGCCUGCGGCGGCAGCUGGCGGCGGCAGAGGGUCGCAUUCAUAACAUGAGCGCUACCGAGUCGCAGCUGCGGCGUCAGGUGCAGGACCUGAGUGGCGGGCUGGAGGGCAGCCGCACGGAGAUGGCCGCGCUGAAGGACCUGAUCGGCAUGGACAAGACCACGCUGCACACGGUGGUGAGCAUGUUGAAGGACCAGCUCAAGGACGCUCACGAGGCCGGCGCCGCCAAGUCGCAGCGCAUCUCGGAGCUGGAGUACCAGAUCGUGCGCCGCGACACGCUGCUUGCCGAGGCCACACAGCAGCGGCUGGUGGCGGAGGAGAAGGCGGCGGCGCUCUCCGCGGCUGCCGGGAGCGGAGGCGGCGCCGGGGCGCAGGGGGCAGCAGGGGACGCGUUUGUGGUCGUGGGCGCGGCGCGCAGCAGCUGCAGCGGCGCGGGCAACGGCAACGGCAAUGGCGCGGCGGCGCGGCGGCUGACACUUGGCGUGCUUGGGGAGUCGUCCUCUGGGGAGGAGCUGAUGGUGAUGCCGGGGGCUGGUGUGAUGGGCGGUUGCAAGGCGGCCACGGUUGGUGGGUACAACGUGUACCACAGCAACGCUGGACAGCUGGUGUUUGAUUGAUGAGGAACCUGAUAAUGAUCCUUUCAAAGGGUCCAGAUUUGGUGGUGGUGAUAAGUGGUGAUAAGGCGUGCGUGCGUGCGUGUGACGUGUAUGCGUCAGGACGACAAUGGGGGGAGCCUGCGACGACCGCAUCGGCUUCAUGGCGGUUCCUAUCAUACCGUAUUAGAGCAUUGCCUGCCAUCACUGAUGACGUUUCUAGGGCCAUCGCUCGUACAUCUAGUGAGUCCAAGAGCGCAGGCCAGUGGCAUUUCUAAUUAUGCUGUAGCUUGUCAAGCAGGUUUGGGCCCACAGGUGCAUGUGUGCAGCCCCGUACGCGUGCGCGGAGUGCCUUAUAAUGAUUCAAAAGAUUUGAGCAGAACUCAAUCUCGCUUGUGCUUGAUACGACGGCAUGGGUGAGGUGGCGGCAAUGACGCGCUGAAGAAGUGCGUGCAGGUUGCGUUGGGCUCUGGCUGCUGCAUGCCCCUGUGGCUGCGAAGCCAUAGACGCGCCGGAAGAUGCAGGGAAAGAAUGGUACUGAGCUCAAGUGGAGCUAGGAAUUAUUGCUGGCCUCGUGUUUGAAGUGAGAUGGUUACGUUACUGCACGGGGCACAACACGGGAAUGCAUCCAGAACCUCAUUUUCACAUCUUGUUGGAUGGAUUAAGGCAUCUUCGGUAGAUGGGGUGUUAAUCACGAGCGAUUGGGCUGUGCGGUAGCAUACGGUAUUACUUCACCAGAUUGCGGGGGGGGGGUAGAGGUUGUGUGUGGGCUGGCUGGCUGACUGACUGCCGUUUCGUCGUGCAUGGGUAACAAA